AUGUCGUACUUGCUGCCGCAUCUUGAGAGCGGCUGGGCCGUCGACCAGGCGAUUCUCAACGAGGGCGACCGCGUCGUGGUUAUCCGCUUUGGCCAUGACCAUGAUCCAACGUGCAUGCAGAUGGACGAGGUGCUGUGUGGCGUUGCAGAGGACGUGAAGAACUUCGCCGCGAUUUACGUGGUCGACAUCACUGAAGUGCCCGACUUUAACACCAUGUACGAGCUCUACGACCCCUGUACAGUCAUGUUUUUCUUCCGGAAUAAGCAUAUUAUGAUCGAUCUCGGGACGGGCAACAACAACAAAAUCAACUGGGCUUUCAACAACAAGCUCGAGAUGAUUAACAUCAUUGAGACUGUCUACCGAGGCGCGCGGAAAGGGCGAGGUCUCGUCAUCUCGCCGAAAGACUACUCGACGAAAUACAGAUACUAG